AUGCCGACCUUUAGAUUCAAUUUUUUUGGUCAUGAUGACAGUCAAUAUCAAAAAGAGGAAAAUGAAGAAAUUAAAUGGUAUGAAAGUGAAGAGAUAAUACCUAAUAAACAAUUAAAAGAGCUAGAUAAUAUUGUUGUCCAUGCCAAAAUGUUUACAUGCGAUGAAGUAGAAAUUGGGCAUGUAAAUAAUUCCGAUAAAAUAUUUAUGAGUGGAGAUUGUCAAUUAAAUGCAUUAGAAUUGGCUGAGAAAGAGCACAGUGACUUAGUAGCUGGUAAAUAUGAAGGUGGUCUAAAAGUAUGGGAAUGUACAAGUGACUUAAUAAAAUAUUUGGUAGAACAUCAUGGGUCCAUUAACUUUAAUCAAGCACAAGUAUUAGAUUUAGGAUGUGGAGUUGGUAUUUUAGGCAUAUAUGCAUUACUAAAUGGAUCAUUUGUAACUUUCCAAGAUUACAAUAAAGAAAUAAUUGAGUGUGCAACAAUGCCUAGUGUGCUUCUUAAUAUUGAAGAAGAGUUAAGAGCAAAUGAAAUAAAAAAAUGUAAAUUUUAUUCCGGAGAUUGGAAAUCUUUCAAUGAGAAACUGGAUGACUCUAAAGUGUAUGACAUUAUUGUUUCUUCAGAAACUAUUUACAAUGAGAAAAACUAUGACAAACUUGUUUCAUUAUUUUUAAAAAGGUUAAGCAAGCAAGGAAUAAUUUAUAUAGCAGCUAAGACAUGUUAUUUUGGUGUUGGUGGAGGACUGAGGCAAUUUGAAGCACAUGUUGAAAAAACUGGUUUAUUAAAUAGUGAAGUUGUAUGGAAAAGUUCAGGUGGUGUACAGAGAGAAAUCUUAAAAAUAAAAAGAAUAAUUACAUAA